AUAGAGAUAACCCCAAGUCUUCAUAUUAUCAUAGAGGCUGUAGGAAGGGGGUUUGACUGCUUUUUUUAUCGUAAACUUAAAUCUGAAGACCCUAUCAUUAAACGUGAGUUUGAAAAAAUUACAGAACAAGGAACAGUAUUUUAUGAUUGCUGUGUAAUGUCAAUUGCAUAUAGUGAUCGUUUAGGUAUAUAUGCUGAUGGCUUAAUGAAUUUAAGACAAUAUUUUGAAGGUAAUAAAAAUUACGAUUAA